AUGACUCUCGAAGAGGAAAGCGCUCUCGAAUUCACUCUGGCCUUUGGACUAAAUGCAUUUGCUGCAUCGUCCACCGUCCUAGGUGGCUUUGUCAUCUUCAGCAACAAACUCCUGCAACUUGCUAGUCCGAUGUCGAUGGCUGUACUGCUCAGUGUAUCCGGUGGGAUCAUACUCUUCCAGGCUCUCGUUGUUCUGUUUGCAAUUUCGUUCAAGGAAUUCAACGACGCUUUCAGUAAUAACGACAGCGGAAGCGGAAGAAACUCGAGUGAAGAUGAUAAGGGCAACGCAUGGCUCGCGGCCACCGGAUGCUUUGGAGGGGGCAUCAUCAUCAGUUACCUCGUCGACCUCAUUGUGCAGAAGCUCACCCCGGGCCAAAACAUGAAUGGCACACCGCGGACGCAAAGUGCCCGAAUUUCCUUUCAGGAGGGCCCCGUUGACGUCAAGCCACCGGUAGAGCUCGUCCAAAAUCAAGGCAGCGACGUGUUUAUCAAAAUGGACGAAGCGGGUAAGGGAAAGUUGCAGCGUAUGGGUAUCCAUAGUGCAAUCGCUGUGGGUAUCCAUAACAUCCCCGCAGGAAUCGCUACGUUUGUGGCAUCCUCCGAGCACGCAUGGAUCGGCUUGUCACUAGCAAUUGGCAUUGCGCUACACAAUAUUGCUGAGGGCAUUGCCGUUGCUGCCCCAAUCUACUUUGCGACGGGAAGCAUAUGCCGCGGUUUGCUGUGGUGCUUGCUGUCAGCAGUCGCACAACAUAUUGGUGGCCUCAUCGCGUUCGCAUCGAUGGGCACGGAUGCAGACAAGCAGACACGAGGACUUAUGUACGGCCUGUGUGCUGGCAUGCUAGCCGGUAUCAGUAUAAAGGAGACCCUUCCGACCGCAUACAUGUUCGCCAAUGGUCGGAUGCACCUAGUUUCGGCUGGAAGUCUGGGUGGCAUGUUUUUCAUGUCCGCCGGCCUCAUUUUUUUCAGCUACAUCGGUGUAUGA